CACGAUGAUACACACGAGUAGUAAGUUACCGAAGCAAUAACACAUCUGCCUGUCGUAUUCGUUGGUUGAUGGACGUACCUGCAGAUAGGGUCUCAGUGUCCGACAGAAAUACGAAACUUUCCGAAAUGCUGUUUAAGUUUAUAACAGUCAUCCUGAUAAGUUAUGUAGCCUUCCACUCCGUCUCUGGGACAGUGAUUGACCUGUUGCAGUUGGAUGAUACAACGUGCCCUUACGAGAUCCAUCAUCUUAAUGAGUACAGCACGUACGAAGUGAGAUGGGAUGGGCGUAUACUACCCUAUGACUGUAAAAUGUCAUUCAUUGGUAGAGACUCAACUGAUGCGUCAGUAAGCUUCCAGGUCUGCGUGAAAGCCCAAACAUUUGACGUCAACGACUGUGAUUUCAAAAUGAAAUACUUCAGUGGUUACAACUCCGUUUCAGCAGCGAGGGAGUACUCCUGUUAUGGCGGAUUACCUCCGAUGUUUUGUGCCGACGAGGACGAAUAUCUCGACCUCAAAUUCCAAGUAACAGACUCCUCUGCAUCUUCAUUGACCUUGAUUGUUACAGCAGAGAAGAAAUAUGAACACCAGCGUGUCUUCUUGUACGUGGGUGUUGGCUUAGCUGUCACUGCCUGUUCAGUGGUGUUUUUAUUACUGUUUAUACUGUACCGGAAGAGGCAACAACAACGAAGCCAGGGACUAAUAAUGCAACAUACCACACCCAUGAUACAAAGUCCCACCAUGUACGCCUCGGCACCACUGAACCAACCAUACGUACAACCUGUACAAGGUGUCCAUCCAGCACCGCCAAUGGUCUUUCAACAUUCAACACCUAUCCCUCCUCCGCCGUAUUCCGAAUCGUCUACAGAGGAACCAAAGCUGCCUCUGUCUUAUUAGGAAACCUUUCAAAACACCCAGAAACAUAGCUUACAGCAUCCUGAGUUCAUUUUAUUUUAUUAAGGAUAUCACUUUUCAUUCGCCAGAAGGUUUACACUUCUGUUCAUUAGAUAUAUGUGCCAUAGAGUGUUUUAUAAUAGGUAGGUGUUAUUGUAGAUGUUGAGAUCUAUAUAAAAAAGUAAUUAUAUGUAUGUAUGUAUGUAUGUAUGUAUGUAUGUAAAGGUCCCAUUUUUUUCUUUUAUAAGUGGUCCUUGAUUUAUCACAAAGCCAUCAUAAUGCUGGUGACAUUACAGCAAGGUUUUAUUACAAACUCCAUAUACGUCACGAUAAAACACACACAUAUUUUAGAUACCUUUACAAAUGUUAUUUUCCAAGUAAUACAACAUAUGAAUUUGUUUUCAUUUGAACUAAAGUAGUUGUAUAUUACAAGUAAAUUGUUUAUAUACAAUUGUAUUGUUCAGCAGGUGUAAAUACUAUAAUGAAAUACUUUCAAUAUUUUUAAUGAUUUUAUCAAGCAAAUGAUUUUCAAUAUAUUUCUAAUGAAAACUUUUCUCAUGGUUUCUGUAUUUUGUCGUAUUUUGUAUGUAUGACAUUGACGUAUUGCCUGACACUCGGUUUUACAUGUAAUCACAGUUCUUGGUAUGCGAUAUAUAUACAUGGAGUGAAAACAACUUCUCAGCAUCACUGCACUGAUCAACAACUGUACAAGAAAUUGCAUGUUUGAAACUUUUGUGAUUUGAAUGUCAUUUAAAAACAACUAUUGUUAGUCUGCAGGUUGCUGACUUUACAAGUUUGUCAUAUUAUUUCCUGUAAACAUUGUCUUACAGGUAUGUUUACUUAGUAUGGUAUCUAUUAGUGUAUGCUGAUGCUUUUAAUUUUAUAGAUAUUGUUGAUGGUAGCUUUGUCACAUAGAAUAGUGAAAAAAGGUGAACUGAAGAUUUAUUGUUAGUGUUUUUUUUUUUUUUCAUGAUUAAAAUAUUUUGAUUUCUGUGAUAAUGUCAUGUAGUAUUAGAGUUUAUUUUAUAUUGUUAUAUUACAACCAUUUUGUUAAAUAAUGCAAAGGUUACAUGUUUAAAAU